AUAAGUAUGAUCAAGCCUUAUAAUUUUUUGAUAUGGCAGUGACAGGUAAAUGUCUAGCCUAAUUUUAAAAAUAUUAUAACAAACAACGGUCGUUUUUAGAAUUGGAGUGUUUUCUUUAUUAUUUAUUAACAUCUUAAUCUUAGUUUUUAACCGAGUACUAUUAAAAAAAUAUUAUUGGCAAAAAUGCCGCCAACGGACGCAGAUGUUCUGCAAAGUGUUAAUAUGAAUAAGCCGAAACCCAAUCCGAAAAAUGAUCCGACGAUGUUUCAGAUAUUUCAAAACGUUCAAUACAACAUUGUACAACACAAAAAGUAUGCUAAAGAGAUGACCAAAAUCUACAAAAAGAUGGAUGAGCAACUCUUCAGAGAGAGUUUCAAGAAUGCUUUGAUGUACUUAUUUACUUUCGGAGAUACCAGUCCUAAUGUGGACCGGGUUAUCAAGUUUGUGGCCACCUUCUGCACAACCCUGGAUGAUGAGGAGGAGUUCUUGUUGUUUAUCAUCAAUAUUAUUUUUGAUUGUCAGUGUGUAUCUGGCCAGUCAGUCCGGUACCGCGCCAGCCAGCUGCUGGAAGCCGUGCUGUCUGCUCUUGGUGAAGAUGCCUCGCUGGACGAGGACCUGUGCACCAAGUUACUCCAGUCACAGAUGCAAAGGCUCCAAGACACCCGUGGCGCCGUGCGCUGCCGAGCGGCGCUCGCGCUGCAGCGCCUGCAGGACCCGAUGGAUCCAGAUGAUGAAGUCACGAGGGCUUACAGAUUCCACAUGAGCUGCGAUCCUAGUUCUUCAGUGAGAAGAGCAAUAGUAUCGCAAAUAGCGAAAUGUACGCGCAACGUGCCCUAUGUGCUAGAGCGCUUAUGCGACGUGGAUGAGGCAGUGCGUCGCGCCGCCUUCAUGUACAUCGCCAACGUUAAUGUCACUCAGCUGAGAGUGCGGCAGAGAGUGCUCACACUCAAGGUUGGUCUUUCUGAGCGAAGCACCCGCGUCCGCCGCGUAGUGGAAGAAAUCCUUAUCCCUGGUUGGCUGAGCACAUUCAACGGCAACAUCGUCGAUCUACUGAAGGCUAUACGUUUGGACAACGCUCAGGAUGCUAAGGAUUCUCAGUAUGUUGCUGGGAAACUGCUGGAAUCGUUAUUCAAACGUCUACCAAUCUCCGAGCUCCUUUUAUGGCUACCCACAGAGAAAUCCCUCCGCCUAAUACCCGCGGAGAAACUAAAUAAAGAAACAGCGUGGUACUGGAGACACCUGGCUGAACAUCUGCAGAAAAUAGACGAUGAUGAAACCUUGGAGAUGGUGCUGCCAGACCUGGUCGUGCUCAUCGGGUAUAUUAGAGCUAUCGUGGAGUCCCCUUGCCCGUCCGAAGCAGACGACCCCGUGAGCUCCAGCACUCGCCAGUACGUGCUGCACGAGCUGGCCUGCAUGCUGCGCGUGUACGACACCGACCCGCCGGGCCGCGCCGCGCUGCAAAACCUUAUAACCGACGUGCUCACCGGCGACUACGGGCACCUCAGUGCAGAUGUCAUCCGUCCACUAGUAUCAGCCCUGGAACUGGUGUUCCCCGAGCUGUCCCCGCGGAUGGAGGUGGUGUGCGGCGUCAUCGCGGCGCUCCGCGACCCCCCCGAGCCCGACGCGCCGCCCGCGCCGCCAGCCGCGCCCCAACCGGACACGCAGCAGCUCAAGAUGAAGCGAGCAAGAUUGCGCGUGUCACUAAACGUAGCAAUAGAGGCGCAGGAAGACGCGGUCCGGGAGGAGAACUACGCACUCGCAGCCGAGUGCAAAGCUAAGGUGGCAGACAUCCAGAAGCAGCUGGAGGAGCUGGACGUGCGGGCCGCGCCGCCGCCGCCGCCACCCAUUCCUACCAUAAAAGAAAAAGUGUCGGACGCCGAAACGCUGAUCAAGUGCCUCACCAUUCUAAACGCUGCUCUGGACACACCACAGCUCAAAACGGUUACACCCAUGCUGCAGACCAUUUUCAACGAGUUGGAAGUUGACAUCUUCCAAAACCCAGACAUCUUGGAGCCUGCCCUAGAAACAGUGGCCCUCUUUGGAAUGCUGGAUAAAAAUUUCGCCAUCGACAAUAAGGCAUUCUUCUUUGCCAAUCUCUUAAGGUGUUCGAGCGUGCUGUCAUUACGCUCCUCUGAUCGCAGUGUGGCGUCGCAUAGUGGAUACAUUCUCAUCGACACAUCAAACGAGUCAGUAGUGCUCACAGUACUACGCUGCAUAGUGGACCUGCUGUGCGUUCACGGCGUGCGAGUGUUCGAAGACGAGGAGUCGCAGGACGACUCCAAGAACGUGUCUAAGAGCAAGAGGAAGGCGUAUCUGGACGCUGUUGAUGAGGACGGUUCCAUUUCGGAGUCCAUCCUCUCGGUGUCUCCAGCCCAUAGUACGGUUAUCGAGCUACUUUUGAAAAUUAUGGACAGUCCAUGUGCAUCAUACAGGCUGAUAAUAGUGGAAGGCCUGUGUCGUCUACUGCAUCUUGGACAAAUUGAAUCCCCCUCUAUACUGAGUCGGUUAAUGCUGCUGUGGUUCAACCCAGCUACAGUGGAGGAGGAUUUGCUACGACAGACGAUUGGAGUUUUCUUCCAAACGUUCCCGGCGAACGUUGAAGGGGCACAGGAACAAAUACAGAAAGCGACUUUACCUACAUUGCGAACGCUUGCAAAUGCUCCAUCCAGUUCGCCGCUUUCAGAGAUCGACCAGGAAGCGGUCGUCAGAUUUAUUGUGUCACUCACAAGAAUCAAUCAUGAGUUGACUGACAGUCAAGGAUCUAUGGCGAUGUUGCUCUGCAGCUACUUGGUCCGGCGCCCGUCGUCCUCCGAGGUGGGCCUGGCGUGUCGCCUGCUGGCGCUCCUAUCACCGCCGAGAGACGCGCACCAGGCGACUGUGCUGGCGAAUAUGCUGAAAGAACUCUGUCUCAAACUGCCCGACAAACAGUCGACUCGCAACCUCACCCGUUACCUCGGGGCAAUAGAAGCCACUGAACGUCUUACGAUGAACAAAAUGUCUAAUACAGGUGUUACAGAAGGAACUAUGCAAGCGGACGACACCACAUUUGCAAACAUGGAAGGCCGAAUCACUACUUCUUUACCAACCACCCAACCUUUGGCCAGGAGCACCCACGUUGUCGUCAACGACACAGUCGAAGAAGAGGUAGAAAUAGACGAGACUUCUCCAACGGAAGUCAUUUCAAAAAUUACCGAAGAAAGUACAGAAGUUACGGAACCAACCCCCAUGGCUGAGGACAACUCCCCCGAGUCCAUUCCCGACUCGCAGCCCGCGCCCGACAGCGACAGCAGCGGAGUCUCGCCGAGCAAGAAGGCCAAGGUUACUAAAGGCAAAAAGAAGAAACUUUCUAUAACUAGACGAGGCUCAGAUACUAGCAAAGCAAAAGACAAGAAAACCAAGGAAGUGCCAGAAGACACAGAAAACGUAAAAGGCAAAGGCAAGAAGAGUAAAGAGACCUCAGAUGAAACAGAAAACGUAAAAGGCAAAGGCAAGAAAACUAAAGAGACCUCAGAUGAAACAGAAAACGUAAAAGGCAAAGGCAAGAAAACUAAGGAAACUACAGAAGAAACCGAAAAGGGUGGUAUUAAGAGGAGCCGGUCGCAGAGAUCGGUAGUCGAUGUUGAUAGAGCACAAAAAGCCAAAGCAACCAAAUCAAAGAAAGCGCCCCCUAAAUCGCCAUCACCGCCCAAGUCCCCCAGCCCGCCUCUCAGAGACAUCGACACUUCCAACAUCACCGUGCGCAAGUCUAGGGGUGUUCAGUCCAGUUCCAGUAUGGACUCGGACUCUAAUAAGGUUGCCAGUAGGAAGAGCAGUGAAAAUGUACCGGCGAAGGGGAGAGGAAAGGGCAAGAAGGAAGAGGUUAAGGGGAAGGCGAAGGGGAAGAAGGCAGUAAGCAAAACCGCCAGCAAACCUCAAACUCGAGCUUCCACGAGCUCUCGCAGCAGCGCGGGCAGCUUCCCGCCCGACGACGACUCGGCCGACGAGACUGAACUACAUACGAUCGUCUACGACACUGAGCUUCAACAAUCUCUGCUGAACGACUCGAGCGAAUUGGCCGAUAGCAGACGCGAUUCCAAGGGAAACGUUACCAUCCCUGAGACGCCUGAAGGAAGCGAUAUGUCUGAUUCCGAACCAGAAGAAGUGAUAACAAAACCAAAAGGCAAACGGAAGUAGGCAAUUAAAACAAGUCAAAAUGUGUUAUUAACAAUUUUUUAUUUAUUUAUACAGUAAUUACAGUACGAAUGGGCUAGAAAAAAAAUGUUGCUUUACUUUUACUUGGGUAAUAGAAAUGGAUAAAUAACUGUAAAUCCUUUUUUUCUAGCAUAUUCAGUAGUGUUCAUGAAUUUACGCUUAUUGUAUGUUUGUACUAUAAUUAAAUGCGUUUACAUAACA